AUGAAGACCCAUUUUCUCCUCUUCCUCUCGGCAUCUACACUUUGGUUCCAGGAUGCCGUCUGGUCAACUCCAGUGCCUGGCGUCGGAGGUUCCAAAGUUGCACGCAUUCCCAAACAAAAGCCAAACCGAAAACCAGCCUUUACAAGCCUAACUCCAGUAAAGAAUGGGAAUGGAAUACAGCAAAUCACUUCUCGGCCUCAGGGCACGCUCACAGAUAAAUCCAAAAACAAGGCCAGCUUCGGAACCACCACUCAACUCUCCAGGAAUAAGAAGAGUUCCACAAAGGCAAACGUUACCAAGAAAGGAGAUAAGCAGAAAGGAAAUCAGCAGAAGGGCAAUAAACAGAAAGGAAAAAAAGAAAAAGGGAAUAAACAGAAGGGCAAUAAACAGACAGGAAACAAAGAAAAAGGGAAUAAGCAGAAAGGAAAUAAACAGAAAGGGUUAAACCAGAUCCAGGUAAGGAAAAUCUCUCAGUCAAGCCCCGUAACAAGCCAUGUUCACCUACUUAUAUGCACACACGCCGUACGUCCACAGAAUCAGUCGACUCCUGCCAACAAGAAGGGAUCCAAGGGCAAGACCGUGCCUAAGAAAACCACAACAGCCAAGUUCAUUAAGAAAUUGCCACUGCAAAAAGAUAAUGUAGACAUCAGCGAUUUGCCUACCUCAGAUUAUAUCGUGCAAGACGAAACAGGAAAAGGAACAGUCACACUGCCACUCAGUAGUAUCCUCACCUGUCUCCAGGAAGGUGCCAAGAUCAACAACUUGAGCCCACGGUACGCAGGGCAUGGUAAAAUGAUCAUUGGCGGGGGGAAAAACCGAUACCCGACGGAAAUGCACGAUAGGAAACAGUCGAUCCCGACCUUUCUGGCGAGCAAGAUGGGCCCCGGCGAGCUUCUCCUGCAUCACCCCUUGAAAGGGCCCGAUGUUAACAUAAAACCACACGACCGUCCGCACAACGAGCCAGCGGGCCCGCAUCGCUGCUUUUUCUCGGUAAAACAAGACGGCGGAUAUCGGUUUAUAGGGGUGGGGACGCAUUAUGGAGCUCCGAAUAACGGUUUUACUGAAGUAUCACCAACAUUGGAAGCGGCAAGAUGGCCGAGCGGUCUAAGGCGCCAGACUCAAGUUGAGCGGGUAAGAUUCAAGUACUCCACAGCUUCCGGAUCUCCAGAUCCGGCGUAUUCUGGUCUCGAAAGAGGCGUGGGUUCAAAUCCCACUCUUGUCACCAAUCUUCUCACAUCCAUCUUUGUUAGUAUAGUGGUCAGUAUGCAAGCUUGUCACGCUUGA